AUGACAUGGCAGACCUGCACCAGCGGUGGAAGUUGUACCACAAACCAGGGCUCUGUCGUUAUGAAUGCAAACUGGCGAUGGGUCCACCAGGUUGGCAGCACCACCAACUGCUAUACCGGCAAUACGUGGGAUACAUCUAUCUGCAGUACCGACGCGACCUGCGCCACUGAAUGUGCCGUUGACGGAGCCGACUAUGAAUCAACCUACGAAGUCACCACCAGCGGCAGCCAGCUGCGCCUCAACUUUGUGACGGAGAACUCAAAUGGCGCCAAUGUUGGCUCCCGUCUUUACAUGCUGGCUGAUAACACACACUACGAGAUGUUUAAGCUACUCAACCAGGAGUUCACCUUUGACGUGGACGUGUCCAACCUCCCCUGUGGCUUGAACGGAGCCCUCUACUUUGUGACCAUGGAUGAGGAUGGCGGUGUCUCCAAAUACGCCAACAACAAGGCCGGGGCCCAAUACGGAUUCAUCCAAGGCCAGGCCAACGUGGAAGGCUGGACUCCGUCGUCCAACAACAAGAACACCGGAUUGGGCAACCAUGGAUCUUGCUGUGCCGAACUGGACAUCUGGGAAUCCAACAGCAUCUCUCAGGCUCUGACCCCCCAUCCAUGUGAUACCGCCACUGAAACCAUGUGCACUGGUGAUGCCUGCGGUGGCACAUACAGCAGUGAUCGGUAUGCCGGCACCUGCGACCCAGAUGGCUGCGACUUCAAUCCCUACCGCAUGGGCAAUACCACGUUCUACGGUCCCGGCAAGACAAUCAAUACCAACUCGCCCUUCACCGUCGUGACGCAGUUCAUCACGGAUGACGGCACCGAUACCGGCACCUUGUCUGAAAUCCGCCGCUACUACGUCCAGAACGGCGUCACCUACGCCCAGCCCAACUCGGACAUCAGCGGUAUUACCGGCAACGCCAUCAACGCCGACUACUGCACUGCCGAGAACACUGUCUUUGACGGACCGGGUACCUUUGCUAAGCACGGAGGCCUGUCCGCCAUGUCCGAGGCCAUGUCCACCGGCAUGGUACUGGUCAUGUCGCUCUGGGACGACUACUACGCGGAUAUGCUCUGGCUCGACAGCACCUAUCCCACCAAUGCGUCUUCAUCGACCCCAGGCGCUGUCCGUGGCUCCUGCUCGACCGACUCCGGCGUCCCCGCCACUAUUGAAUCCGCGAGUCCUAAUUCGUAUGUGAUCUAUUCGAACAUCAAAGUUGGUCCGAUCGGAUCGACCUUCAGCGGCGGUUCUAGCUCGGGAAGCUCCGGCUCGACUUCGACGUCUACUAAGACGUCGACCACCUCGACCAAGACCACCACUACUGCGACGAGCACCUCGACUGCCGUGGCGCAGCACUAUGGCCAAUGUGGUGGCCAGGGCUGGACUGGCCCGACUACUUGCGCCUCGCCUUACACCUGCACGGUGCAGAACGCGUACUAUUCUCAGUGUCUGUAG